AUGCGCGGCGAUUCCUUUAUCUGGUCGCUGGCCGCCGUCGUACCACUCCUAUCUACCACCGUUGAAUCACUCAGCGUCGUCAAGCGAGAUAAUCCGUCGGUUAUCGGGUUCGAUAUCGAGCGUUUCCAGGCUGCAAAGCCCGUUCACCGUGAUAUCAUCGCGAAAAGAGCUUCGACUAAGACUGUCAGCCAGGAUCUAGAUAACCAGAAAAACCUCUAUUUCUGUAACCUUACGCUCGGCACACCACCACAGACAAUCCGUGCUCACAUCGACACUGGCAGCAGUGAUCUAUGGGUUAACACUGCAGAAUCACAGUUCUGCAGCUCAAGACGAUCGCCAUGCCGACCGGGUGGAACAUAUGACUCGUCAAAAUCGAGCAGUUAUAACCUUGUCUCGAACGACUUCAACAUCUCGUAUGUUGACGGAUCGGGCGCUAGUGGCGACUAUGUUACGGAUAUCAUAAACGUGGGAGGUGUUAAGUUAAAUGAUUUCCAGUUUGCUAUCGGACACACCUCGUCUAGUCCUCUUGGUGUUUUGGGAAUUGGAUAUGAAGCUGGUGAAGCCCAGGUCACUAGAUUCGGUGACAAGUCAUACGCCAAUCUUCCUGCUGCUCUUGUCAAAGCAGGCCACAUCCGCUCCAAUGCUUACUCCCUCUGGCUCAACGACCUCAAUGCCAGCCGUGGUCAGAUCCUUUUUGGCGGUGUUGACACCGGCAAAUUCGAUGGAAAACUGCAAACUGUGCCCGUCCUUCAUACCCGCAGCGGCGAAUACAAUGCCCUUGUUGUAGCCCUUACUGCAGUCGGGAUCCAAGGUGGCUCUCAGGGCAGCAUCGACAGCUUCCCAACUCAGCCAGUCGCCGUUGCCAUGGACUCUGGCAGCAGUCUAAGCUACCUCCCUGACGCACUCGCAGCUAAAAUUUACAACAAUGUUGACGCCGUGUUCGACCCAUCCAACAACCUCGCUUUCGUUCCCUGCUCAAUGGCGAACGAUGACAAGAAACUUGUCUUCACCUUCUCCUCGCCUCAGAUUUCUGUCGGCAUGGACGAGCUAGUCAUCGACCUCGGCCCAGACGCCAACGGCAAUGAAGCUACCUUCAGAGAUGGCUCAAAGGCCUGUGUCUUUGGUAUUGCACCAGCUGGCGGCUCCAUCUCUAUUUUGGGUGAUACAGUGCUACGCAGCGCAUAUCUCGUCUACGACCUGGACAACAACGAGAUCUCCAUCGCCGGUACUCGGUUCAAUUCUACCGAAACUAACAUCAUGGAGAUCGGGACGGGCGAGCAUAGCGUGCCGGAUGCCACUGGUGUACCAAAUGCCGUGACUAGCGCUCAAAUCACGCAGGCCACUGGCCUUUCGGGAAUUGAAACCGGGGUGCCAGGCGCCAGGCCGACCAGCUCAAAGGCAGCUGCCCCAACAAUGAGACCAGAUAUGAAGUUUGGCGUUGCUGCUGCCGGUCUGGCAGGUGCUGGCAUGCUGUUUGCCGCCAUGUGA